AUGGAAAUUUUGGUUCACAACGGUGUGAUCUUUCCGCCUCCGUACGAGCCCCAUGGUGUAAAGAUGAUGUAUGAAGGGAAGCCGGUAGACUUGAGUCCGGAACAAGAGGAGGUCACAAUUAUAUACGCCGUGAUGAAAGAUACAGAUUACGUGCAGAAGAAGCAAACGUUCCGAAACAAUUUUUGGAAUGAUUGGCGUAAGUGGCUCGGGGAGAACCACGUAAUUCGGAGGUUGGAUGGUUGCGAUUUCACCCCAAUAUACGAGUGGUGUAUGAAAGAAAAGCAAGACAGGAAACAAAUGAGUAGGGAAGAGAAGAAGGCCGCGGGGGCGGAGAAAAAGAAACGAGAGGAGAAGUAUGCGUGGGCGUUCGUUGAUGGCGAAAAAGAGAGAGUUGGAAGCUUCAAAGUUGAACCUCCUGGAUUGUUCAGAGGCCGAGGGGAGCAUCCAAAAUCAGGAAAGGUAAAAAGGCGGAUUCUUCCAAGUGAUGUUUCGAUCAACAUAGGGCAGGAUGCACCGGUUCCAGAAUGUCCUGUCCCCUGCGAAAGGUGGAAGGAAGUGAGGCAUGAUGAUACGGUUACAUGGUUAGCUUUCUGGACAGAUCCAAUCAAUCCAAAUAAAUUCAGGUACCUGUCUCUUGGGGAGAGUAGCUCCUUGAAGAUAGAAAGUGACCAGAAGAAGUACGAGAAUGCGAGGAUGCUCAAGGACUACAUUGGGAAAAUCAGGGCAGAUUACAGGGAUUUUACUAGUAAAGAUUGCGUGAAGAGGCAGAUAGCGGUUGCAACCUAUCUCAUCGAUAAGCUUGCUCUGAGGGCGGGAAAUGAAAAGGGAGAAGAGGAAGCUGAUACUGUUGGUUGCUGCACAUUGAAGGUAGAGCAUGUGAAAGCAAUCGGCCCUAACUCGAUGGAGUUUAACUUCCUUGGUAAAGAUUCGAUCAGAUACCAAAAUACCGUUGAAGUUGAGGUUCCUGUUUACAAGGAAAUUAGACAGUUCCAGGCCGGGAAACGCGGUGGUGAUCAUCUCUUCGACAAGCUGGAUGCGAGUAGAUUGAAUGCUCAUUUAAAGCAACAGAUGCCUGGCCUUACGGCAAAAGUGUUUCGUACAUACAAUGCUUCUAUCACAUUGGAUGACUUGUUGAACAAGGAAAUCAAAGACGAAGCAGAUCUUUCAGAGAAAGUCGCUGUUUAUAACCACGCAAACAAAGAGGUUGCCAUCAUCUGUAAUCACCAGCGUACAAUUUCAAAGUCUCACGAAGAACAAAUGUCUAAAUUGAUGGAAAAGAUUGGCGGCGUUCGUGACAACCUAAAAGAGCUGAAAACAAAGUUGGAAAGGGCGAAAAGAGGAAAGCCACAGCCGCCGACUGACGCUGAUGGAAAGGCAAAGAGGAAUUUGACCCCAGAUGAGUUGGAGAAGAAGAUAGCUCAAAAAACUGCGGACAUCGGAAACAUGGAGAUGGGCAUGAGAACGAAAGAGGAUCUGAAAACAGUGGCGCUGGGAACAUCGAAACUCAACUAUCUUGACCCUAGGAUCACGGUUGCAUGGUGCAAGCGAAAUCAAGUUCCAAUUCAGAGGAUGUUCAACACCACUCAACUGAGAAAGUUUGCUUCAAUGACUGUGGAUCCUGACUUCAGAUUCUGA